UCCAAACAAUUUAGGCUACCUUCGUCCUCAGUCUCCAGCCUCAUGUGAGGUUCACUCAUUCCGCCUGUGUUUCUGGGUAUGCGCUGUUGUGCUUGUUUAUCUCAGCAGCAAACCCUGCAGUGUUCUCCAUCCAAAAUGGCUGCGGAGGAGGAGAGCAAUAGCAGAGCUCCAUGUCUCAAUUUCUCCAGUCCCGGACCGCUGGGUAAUGCUCAGCCGAGCAACAACGCUCAUUCCUCGCCCGCUACAAAUGAGGGGUCAGCGGGUGCAACUGGAGGGGCACCACGGACAGCGGGACACUCAAACCCUCAACCAGGCCCUGACCGUGGCGGUGGCACCGAUGUCAGAGUAGAGCAUUCCCCGAAUAGGCAACACACUACGCCACAGUCAGCGAGUCAGAGUGCCACGGCUGCCCGGGCACCGACAGUCGCAGGAGGAGCUGCGACAAACAUGACAGCAUCCUCCGUGGAGUCCCCGAACAUUCCAUCCUCACUUCCCAGUAGCCCUGCAUCUGCGGCCGUAUUGGUUUAUCGGGAGCCAGUGUACAACUGGCAGGCCACAAAAAACACCGUGAAAGAAAGGUUUGCGUUUCUGUUCAACAACGAGGUGCUGAGUGACGUGCAUUUUCUGGUGGGGAAGGGAAUGGGAGUGCAGCGGAUACCAGCACACAGAUUUGCCCUUGCCGUAGGAAGUGCAGUAUUCGAUGCCAUGUUCAAUGGCGGUAUGGCCACCACCUCCACUGAGAUCGAGCUGCCAGACGUGGAGCCGGCUGCAUUCCUUGCCCUGCUCAAGUUCCUGUACUCAGAUGAGGUGCAGAUCGGACCCGAGACUGUGAUGACCACACUGUACACAGCCAAGAAGUAUGCAGUGCCGGUCCUAGAGGCCCACUGUGUGGAGUUCCUCAAGAAGAAUCUACGUGCUGACAAUGCCUUCAUGUUGCUCACUCAGGCGCGGCUCUUUGACGAACCUCAGCUGGCCAGCCUCUGUCUGGAGAACAUCGACAAGAACACUGUGGAUGCACUCGCUGCUGAGGGCUUCACUGAUAUUGAUCUAGACACACUGGUGGCGGUGCUGGAGAGGGACACUCUGGGGGUGCGGGAGGUACGUCUGUUUGGGGCUGCGGUGCGCUGGGCGGAGGCAGAAACCCAGAGGCAGCAGUACCAGCCCACUCCGGAGAACAAGCGCAAAGUGCUGGGCAAAGCCCUGGUCCUUAUCCGCUUCCCUCUCAUGACCAUCGAGGAAUUUGCUGCAGGUCCAGCCCAGUCUGGUAUUCUUAGUGACCAGGAGGUGGUGAGCCUGUUCCUUCACUUCACGGUGAACCCCAAGCCUCACGUGGAGUUCAUCGACCGGCCUCGCUGCUGCCUGCGGGGGAAGGAGUGCAGCAUCACACGCUUUGGACAGGUGGAGAGCCGCUGGGGCUACAGCGGGACCAGUGACUGUAUCCGGUUUUCAGUGAAUCGGAGGAUAUUUGUGGUUGGAUUUGGCCUCUAUGGUUCGAUACAUGGUCCUACAGACUACCAAGUCAAUAUACAGGUCAUUCACACAGACAGCAACACUGUCCUGGGUCAGAACGACACAGGCUUCAGCUGCGAUGGUUCCUCCAACACAUUCCGGGUCAUGUUUAAGGAACCAGUGGAGAUCCUGCCCAGUGUCAACUACAUCGCGUGUGCCACCCUCAAGGGACCAGACUCGCACUAUGGCACCAAAGGAAUGCGUAAAGUGACCCACGAAGCCCCUGCCACCGGCACCAAGACCUGCUUCACCUUCUGCUAUGCUGCAGGAAACAACAACGGCACUUCAGUAGAGGACGGACAGAUCCCUGAGGUCAUCUUCUACACAUAAUGAAUCUCCUCUGACCUCCCAACCAAGGACUGGCUAUAUGUGGGUCCCAAAUGACACCUUAUUGCCCAUAUAGUGCAAAGUAAUACUUCAGGCAAUAGUACAGCGCCUCUAUUCCUCAUUAGUCUUUACUACUGCUACACUUCAUCAAAGGGUUGACCUCUAAAGCUGGUUACACAGGCAGACUAAUUCAAUAAUUUUUUCCACUAAUUGGUCUUUUGACCAAUCAGAUCAUUGUGAUUGUUCAAAAGAGCAAGUAGUGGAAUAUAUCAGAAUUGUGUAAAAUCAGCCUAUGAAUGGUAAAUCUAACCAGGACCUGGUUGUUACAAACUUCUGAUAUUCAUGUUGGAUCUUUAUGCAUACAGUAUUGAAGUGGACUUUAGUUCAGUGUUUCCACCAAUAAGCACACUUGAUUCAACUUGUCAACUAAUCAAGCCCCUGAGUUGAGGUGUUUGUCGAGGGCUACAACAAAAAUGUGUGUUAGGGAUACCCAAGGACUGGAGUUGGGAAAUGCUGCUUUAGUGGUUGUGUCCAUCUUUCCUGUCUAGACUGAUGUGAAGGAAAUAAGUAAUGUCAAGUAAUUAACAGAUGAGAAUUCUGUGGAAAAUGUCUACCCAUACCUCAGUGAAAGAAAGUUCCCAAAUGGUUGCUAGGUUUAAUCUUAGCCGCUUCCAAUGGCUGUGUAGAAUUGUGAAAGCGCCGAAAUUGAAUUACUUUUUCAAUUGAUAAAAUGAUUUAGUUGCACUGAUGCACUUUGACAGGAAACUGACAAUUAAACCCUGCCUGCAAGUUCACUAUAUUAUAAAAUGGAGUAAUCCCUGAAAUAAAUAGAAAUUCAAUACA